CGUAUCUUGACAAUGCGCUCAGUCAUCCCCAUUCUGAUCUGCUGCUUGUAUGCACUAAGCGCUGUUGACGCUUCUGCCUUCUCAAAGGGAGAAAAUGCUGAAGUACAGCAAGGUAAUGCCAAGGUUGCCGAGCCUCAAAACUUUUGGUCUGAUGACAAGGGUGACGACGAUGAAAAGGAUGACAAGGAUGAUCACCAUGAUAAGCACAGCGGCGAUGAAUGUGCUUCCCGUUCGGUUUCCAUCUUGCUUGGAACUAGCACUUUUUCCAUUCCCUGCAUGGGAGCCGGCUCUAUCGUUGAUCUUAAUGGCCUUCUUGCAGCUGCCUUUCCUUCACUUGUUCCCUCUCCUAUGCCUUCGUCUGUUGAUCCCAGCUCUGUUGCCCCUAGCUCUGCUGUCGAUUCUUCAUCUGCAAGCUCCGCCACUACCACCACUGAUACCACCACUACCACCACCGAUACCACCACUACUACCACCGAUACUACCACUACCACUACUGCCACAACCACUACCAGCGAUGACAUUUCUCCUCCUCCAGGAUACUAAUCUCCCAAAUCGCGCAAAACCUCGUUACCGUAAAGAACACCACUUGAACGACAUGCAGAGACACCUUCAGAGUAACAAGUACAUCUCCAUAGUAAUGAAACAUCAUAACAGAACUAUCAAUGAACCAAAUAAAAACUGUCUUGCUGUUAAGGUAACAACGCGAUAAGAAUACUCUUACCUUGAUGAGUAUCACUAUGGGAAAGUAUAUACACAUCAUACAGAAAAAAUAAAAAUAUCCCAUUCUUUAUAUAACUUUUUAAUUACUCCCAUAUCA